AUGGGGAUUAAGGAGCACACUUGUGAUGAGCAGUGGGUGACGUGUGGAAUUGUCGAAUCACUGUACUGUACACCUGAAACUAACAUAGCACUAAAAACUGUGGAUCCAGAAAUUGUACCUCGAGGUACUGUUGGCUUUUCUGGAGCAGAGUUGGAGAAUCUUGUGAACCAGUCUGCAUUAAAGGCAGCUCUUGAUGGAAAAGAAAUGGUUACCAUGAAGGAACUAGAGUUUUCCAAAGAUAAAAUUCUAAUGGGGCAUGAAUGUAGAAGCCUGGAGAUUGACAAUAAAAACAAAACCAUCACAGGAUAUCAUGAAUCCAGUCAUGCUAUUAUUGCAUAUUACACUAAGGACGCAAUGCCUAUCAACAAAGCUACAAUCAUGCCAAGAGGGCCAACACCUGGACAUGUGUCCCUCUUGCCUGAGAAUGACAGAUGGAAUGAAACUAGAGCUCAGCUGCUUGUGCAGAUGGAUGUCAGUAUGGGAAGAAGAGGGGCUGAGGAGCUUAUAUUUGGAACUGACCAUAUCACAACAGGACUCAUAAGAACGAGCGAAAUGUAUCUUGAAGACUCAUGUAAAAGAGCCUAAGAAUCUAGCAGAAGCUUUACUAACUUAUGAGACUUUGGAUGCCAAAGAGAUUCAAAUUGUUCUUGAGGGAAAGAAAUUGGUAGUGAGAUGAUAAC